UGCUGUGGGUGUCUGCUUUAUGCGAGUUGCACCAGCCGGACUGAAAGCAAGUAUUCAACCCUGUGAUAUGAUUUUAGUCGGAUAAUCAACAACCAUCGCCACCUUCGUCUUUGAGAAAGAUAUUUUAAGUGUGUCAAACAUUGGCACCUCACACCUGAUGGUCUGUCAACUCUCGGUGUAACGUUAACGGAGGAAUUAAGUCCGUAAUGUUCAAUCCACACAUCCAUCAGCAGCAGCAGCAGCAGCAACAGCAACAGUUUCACCAGCACCUGCGGCAGUUACAGCAUCUUUUCCAGCAGCAGCCACCGCCUCCUCCUCCUCCUCCGCCGCCUCCCGGGCACCAUGUCCCCCAUCACCACCACCAGGCACAGCGACCGAUUCCUGUUCCUCCUCAGACAGCCCCUCCUCCCAGGAUGGUCAGGAUGUGCCAAUCUACCCAGACGACCAUUAUCGCCCCCAACCCCAUGCUGCAAGGGGCCCUGUUGAUGCAGCAGAUGCAGGGUAGCAUGCGGGGCUUUGGGAUGGGUGGACAGCAGUUCCGUCAGUUCUUUGCUGCCGGGUCCAGGUCGUCUCUGCUCGGGCCGGUUCCCAUGGGCAUGGCCAUCAAGUCCCCCAUGAUGGCUUUCCCACCUGCUCGACCGUUCCACCCGCAUGCUCGCUACUACAACAACAACACCCCCACCACAGCCUCAUCUGCAUCCUCUUCCUCUUCCAGCACCGCAGACACUGCAGCUCGGCAGCCAGACAGGAAGAGGGACAGCGAGCAGAUGGCAGCAGGGAGCACAGACGACCAACCAGCAGCUAGCAGUACCAAUGAAGCAACUGAUAAAACUAACACAGACGGUGUUGUGGGUGGAGUGGAUGCACCCACACAGCCCUCUGAGGAGCCACUCGAUGAACCUGUAGUCAAGAAGCAGAGGACAGAGGGGUCAGAGGAGCCCAAAGAACAGUGUGCUGUUGAGACUGUCACCAUUGCAGAGACGGAUGAGGAUGUUCUUUUCCCAGAGUGUAACAGCAAUACAGUGGACAGCCAGCCUGAAGACUGCAUCCUUCUGGAGGAAGGAGGCUCCACAGGGGGAUCAGAUGUUAUUGAGACGCUGCUGGAGGAGAGCAGAGCUGCUGAGGUGCACAGUCUGGCAGCCCCGUCCCCCUCUGGCAGACUGAGUGAAGAUGAACAGCAGGAUGGUUUGCUCUUAGAGGGGAUGCCACAGGACAAAGAUUCCCCUUUGGCUUCACCAGACAACCAGGAGGAGGAAGAGGAGGGUGUAGCGGGGGGCGCCAAUAAGUUCUUCUGCUACCUCUGCAGCAUUACCUGCCGCAACCAGCAAAACUUCAAGAGUCAUAUGAACAGUGUUUCUCACCAGCAGAGGAUGAUGGAGAUCCAACACAUGAGCAAUGCUUGUCUGGUCACCCUGCUGCCACGAGUGCAGGAAUCUCUACAAGAAGCAAACAAAGAAGGAGAGAAGAAAACAGACCCGAAGCAUUGGUGUGCCACCUGUCACAUCCACUUUACAAGUAGCAUCAUGGACCACCGUCGCACAGAGGAGCACAAACUUGCCAGCAGAACAGCCAUCUCCUCCUGCACAGUCUGCAAGAAACACUUCAGGACCUCCCAGAUUUUUGUGGAGCACUUGCAGUCCCAGGAGCACAGACAGAAUUUGGAGAAGGAAAAUGAGGGCUGUGAGGCCUUGGGCAAGCUGACCGCCAUGGACACGGACGGCUUUUCGUUGGAAGAGGUGGAGGGCAGUGAGAUGGAGGAGGGAGAGGGAAGACAGAGGAAUGAACAGGUGCAGGAUGACUGGCCCUUCCCUAAAGAAGUGACUCUAAACGACAUGGCCAGUGAUGAGCAGUAUGACCCGGACACAGUCUACGGGUCCAGUUAUUUUGUUCCAGUAGCAGGUUUUAUCUGCAGAAUCUGCAACAAGUUUUACCACUUUGAAUCUUCUGCCCUUCACACACACUGCAAAUCACUGAAGCACUUUGAGAACCUUAAGAGGCACAGAGAGCUGCUGAGUCAAAAGAGUGGAGCUGUUAAAUCUUCCAGAGAGUCUCUCCCAGCUGCAGAAAGCCUCGUGCCUGUAAAAGAAACCACCACAGACUCUUUGGAUGAAAAUUCCCUUUCUGAUGAGACUGUAGUGACGGACCCAAACUCCAGGCAGCCUAUGAUUAAACUCACCCGACUGAACAGGCAGACAAAAAAACAGCAACAGGAGGAGCAGGCAGAACCUGACCCAACCUCACAGGACUUCAUCAGCACCUCAGCAACUAGCAAGGAGGAAGAGACCUCAUCCCAGGCCUCUGAAGGUCUUGAGAGUCCUGCCGAGCUACCUGCUGGUAGCAGAGAGGAACCAGACUCAGAGCCAGCAGCUGCUGCUGAGGAUGCUAAUGAAGAGGAGGCUGAGGAGGAAACUCCUGCUGUCCCAGGGAAAAAGAACAUCACAGGAAAAGCAAAAACCACAUCCAAACGCAGGUCAGGGAGGGCCACAAACAGACGCUGAGUCACAGAUAAGAUGUGGAAUGAAUGGAGGCCUGGCACAACCUCAGGACAGGGUGCGUCAGUAUGUGAAGAGGUGCUUUCAUGGAACCGAGACCAAGAAGUGAACAGCCCUUCCUCUUUCCGUGUUGGAAAGUCUGAAUUAAGCACACAACAACAAAUAGGAAGAGUGAUGGUAAAUCACAGCAGAACAUGACUCCUUAUGUGUUGCUCUCCCAGGGUGGGAAAUUAACCCCUGACAGCUGAUAAACACAGGGUAAAUCAGUGAUGGGUGGGUAAGUAUCUUAAUAUUGGCCCCCAGUCAGAGCAUGAUGUUCUCAAGCAUUGUAAUCUCUAGGCUCAACGUUAGGUUACAGCAAUCAAAAUCGAUCAUUGUAAAGCAGUAUGUCCGUUUAGCUCACAGUAAACCCUUUUACUUCUAUAUUUACAGAUCAGUAAAAAUCGCUCCCUAAAAACAAUAUUUUAUUUAAACCAAGAAAUUCCAACUUCACACUUUAGUCUUAGCAGGUUGAAUGGAUAAGAGUCAAAGUAUACUCAGAAAAGUAACUCUCACCUCUCUGCCACAAUGGAAACAGGAGUUGCUUACAGCUAAAAAAAAAAAAAAAAAAAACUUGGGGGAAAAAAACAAAAUUUGGGGUAAAGUGGCUUAACUAACACCCACGGCAAUACUAUGUGAUGAAUUGCAAUGAAAUUUGGUUUUUAAAAAAAAUACUUAGAAGAUC